GAGAGUCCAUGGAAGAAACCAAUGUGAGUUUGAAACUUCUGAUAGACAGAGAGAGCCAAAGAGUGCUUUUUGCCGAAGCGGGCAAGGAAUUCAUCGAUUUCCUCUUUCACAGUCUGGCCCUACCCAUCGGAACUCUCGUUCCACUUUUCGAAAAGCAAGGAAUACAGGGCAGCUUCGGCAAUAUUUACGAGAGCAUUGAAAAUUUAGGCAGUAUUUACCUGCAACCAAGCGUGAACAAAGACACUCUCCUGAGGCCCAAAGUACAGAUCUCUGGUGGUGGUAAUGGACCCCCUCUUCUAUUGCAAAACAUUGAAUCAUCAUCGACAUUCAUGAAAUUGUAUAGUUGUGCUAGAAGCAGCUCCGCCUGUGACUCAUAUCUGGCUUAUGACUUCAGCGCAAUCUGUCCUUCGUGCGGAAAUGUUAUGAACAGCGAGAAAAAUAUGGUAGACCCACCAACUCCAAGCGCAAGUACUGAGAGAGGGUACGUGAAAGAGCUGGUUACAUACAUGGUGACGGAUGAUCUAGUGGUGAAACCCAUGUCAAUCAUCUCUACUAUCACUCUGCUUAACAAGUUCAAUGUCCAGGAAUUUGGGGCUCUAGAGGAGAAAGUUGUCAAUUUGGGCAUGGAUGAGGGACUGAAGAUAUUGAAGGCUUCUCUAUACUCAAAGAAUGUUCUAACUGAUGUCUUCCUCUCGAUGCUGAAAGAGGAAGUCAAAUGUAAGACAUUAGCUCAAAAGGAUGAGCCGGCCUGAUGACACAAAAAAUUACAUAACUUCUUUUCUUUGCCACAACUGGGUUGUGACAGCAUGCCAUUUUUUGUGUCACUAGACUUUU